AUUGUGGCCUUUAAUUCGUUUUUCUUUUCGAGGGCUACAUCCAAAGACGAGAAUGUGCUCUUGCUGUACAACAUGAUUGAUCAGGGACUUGUCAGGGAUCCUGUUUUUUCUUUUUGGUUUAAUAGAAAUUCAAAUGAUGGCGAUGGGGGUGAAGUAGUGUUUGGAGGGUCUGACCCUAAUCAUUAUGAGGGUGAACAUACUUACGUCCCUGUGACACAAAAGGGAUACUGGCAGUUUGAUAUGGGUGAUGUCCUUAUUGGUGGCCAAACAACUGGAUUCUGUUCCGGUGGUUGUGCUGCUAUAGCUGAUUCUGGAACUUCUCUGAUUGCUGGGCCAACAGUAAGUGAGAGGCUAUAGCUAUCAAUAUCUUACAUAUUAUU